GAUUUCAGAUCAGUUGGCCGUGAAAACGACAGGUGCAGGUGCGUUGUGCUGUUCUUCUCAAAUGCGCAAAACGCGGAUUCUUUGUAUAUUAAACUAAUACUUUUAAUCUCGAAUGUGAUGUGAGAAAAAGCGUGCCAUUGUUUCCAUCGUGGGAAUUGAGCGUUUACAGCGCCAUUAUGUUUCCUUCGGCGCAUCAUAUCCAGCGAGCGCUCAUCUGUUCUGUUCUUCUCUGUAUGACGACGGCGGUCAUGACUCGAUCCUCCUCAACAUCUGAUCUUAAGUCUAAAAUAUCUGGUGUGGAGGAACUGCUGGAGGAGUUCCGUAAACAGUUACAGCAGGAUGAGUCGGACUCGAGGGAGGAUGAGGAGGAUGGUGACCGCUGUAUCAAUGGCUUCAACGCGGCGGAGGAGCGUAUCAUCCGCGCCAGCGCGUCCAUCGAGCAGGGCGCCGCGUUCUUGUCCGCCCCGCAGAGGGUGUUUAGCUGGAGGGACUGCGCGCACGCCUGCUGCUCUCACCCGCACUGCACAUCCGCUAUCAUCCAGGAGGACCUCAAGGCGCCGGACGACAGUUUACGCUGUUAUUUGUUCAACUGCACGUACAGGGGCAGGGAUGUGUGCUCGUUUUCCUUUCAGCCGGGAUUCAGCACCUACAGUCGGGUGAACAACAGCUCUAGACCCCGUGAGCCCGGGCGGGGUUCUACUGCCACUGAGAGUCCGAGCACUUCAACCGGGAGACCUCUAUAUGGGAUCGAUGAGGACGAGUCAGUAAUGCGGGGUUUGGAUGAGCCGCCUCGCAGUGAUGCAGGCCAGGACUUGGUGGUCCAGCUGCCAACAGACUGGGCUGUGCUAGACGGCAGAGACAGCACUGAUGAUCAUGACAUCAUACAUUAUGAAUGGGCUCUUGUGAAAGGAGACCCCUCCGUUAAAAUGAAGGUGACUCAUCCAGGCCUGCUGAAACUCAGUGGUCUUAGAGAAGGAAUUUAUACCUUUGAGCUGACCGUUACCGACAUGGCGGGACAGAAGAGCUCUGACAAUGUGUCUGUCAGUGUGCUCGCCCCUGCACCAAAUGCAGAAGUGUGUACAGGUCACUGUUCUCGAUAUCAGUUCAUGUGUGAUGAUGGCUGCUGUAUAGACAUUGGUUAUGCCUGCGAUGGAAAGCAACACUGCCCUGACCGAUCAGAUGAAGAUUUCUGCCAAAAUUUUGAUAGUGGUCAUAAGUCCAACCCCCCCUCUAAACAUGGACCAGAUAUACAAACUGAAGCAGAAGCCCAGAUGCCCACACAAAUACAGCUACAUGAUUUACCUAAACCCAAACAACAUCAACAUUACGGCUUCAUUUCCCAAGAUCCCUGUGCAGUGCCCCCAGUGGUUGGCCCGUGUACAGGCGUCUUCCCACGCUGGUAUUAUGACUCUAUAACAGGAGUUUGCCAGCACUUCCAGUAUGGCGGCUGCAAAGGAAACCACAACAACUUCCUCCAGAAGUCUGACUGUGAAAAUGAAUGCAUUCAGAAACCAUCAGUAACAAAACCUCAGGGCACUGCAACUCCAUUACCCAGUGUGAAAACAUACACAUCUCCCAUUGCUUCUGUCCAUAAGGAAAAACUGCAAAAUCCUCUCACAGAGUCUCAGAGUUCACUGCCAUCAUCUAAACUACAUCUUGUACUGGAAGGACACCCACCUCCUGAAUCAGGUGCAAUCUUACCACUGGCUUUGGGUCUGAUCAUCAGCAUUCUGCUGUUACUGAUGGUGGGCUGCAGGCUCUGGUUUGUGCGUCGCAGACUGAAGAAAGCUUUGCCUCUCACCACAGAAGAGUCUGAUUACCUCAUCAAUGGCAUGUAUCUGUAGCAACAGCCACCGGUCAGGGUUCUCAGGAUUACUGUGGGUGGGUUGGAGCAGGGUUGGAACUUAACUCUGCAGGAAGGCCUUGACCUUGAUUGAUAUCCCUUUGAGUGCAAAAUGACAUAUCUAUCUCUAAUAUAGUAUGCCAAAUUAGGCUUAAAUCUAAACCGUAGGUUUAAAUUUAAAUCUCAGAUCAUGGUAUCUGGAAAAUAUAAUUUCAAACAAGUGAAUGGCACACUGUUUCUGAGAAAUUUAUUUUGUGAUUUUGGUAGCAAAUAUGCAGAUGUGUGUGACUGCAACAGAGGUUCCUGUGGUAUAAAGAUGCAGCUGUAUGAUUUGAUAAUCUGUCCAAAUAAUGGCAUACUGGCUUAAUGCAUACUUAAGUGUAUAUACUUGUUCAAGUGGACGAUUUUGAAUUCAGCUUUAUUUUUUUAAAGAAGCAUGAUACACUACAAGCUUGCCUGGUAUUUUUUUGACUUGAGAAUGUGAGAGCAUUUUUCUUUUUAAUUUGGGAGAAUUUCUGAAAAAUGUGCUCAGCCUUAAUAGGAUAAACAUUUAAACCAAUAUGUUUCCUGUAUCCUUAUAUGACCAUAUGCUUGACAGUAAAAACUGAAUUUAAUAAGUUCAUUAAUAAUCUCAGUCCAGGGAAUACAGCUUUAGUUACUGUGAUUAUUGGUGCUGUCUUAAAAGUUCUAGAUUGCGAUUUUAAAAUUAAAAAGGCCCUGACAAAAAUUCCUUGAUUAAAACAAACAAACAAACAUAUGGCCUCAUAUCUGAAAAUAUCUGGUUAGGGUUUUCAAUGUGGUUUAAUGGCUUACUGUGAUAUUACAUACUCGUAUGUAUAAUGUGUAAUUGUGCAAAAAUGUUUUGAAACCAUAUAAUAUAAUGAUUGUAAAACUAUCCAAUUUAAUAAUCUUGGGCGGGGGAAAUCCAUUAAAUGUGGACCAACUA